AUGGAAAAUCUCUGGUUCAUACUCUUCUCUCUCGCAGCUACUAUCUUCUUCUUCAUCGCCAGAUUCCUUUGGAGUCAAAACUCCAAGUUACCACCAAGCCCUACGUCUCUUCCCAUCAUCGGCCAUCUUCACCUCAUCAAGAAGAUUCCAUUACCACAAGCUCUGCGUCUCCUCUCUUCAAUCCACGGCCCUGUUCUCUUCCUCAAAUUCGGAUGCCGUCCCGUUCUGGUCCUCUCUUCCCCAGAAUCCAUCGAAGAGUGUUUCACCAACCACGACCAAACCCUCGCGAACCGCCCCAGGACCAUCACCUCUGAUCACUUCAGCUACGGCUACAAGAACUUCGGACUAGCUCCUUAUGGAGAUAUCUGGAGAACUCUCCGCCGUCUAUCCACCCUCGAGGUCUUCUCCUCCACAAGUCUCCAGAAGAACUCCUUUAUCCGUAACGAAGAGGUCUUGAAUCUCUGUUCGAGACUCUUCAGAUCAUCCGUUGACUCUCGGAGAGUGGAUCUCAAGUAUCAUUUCACUCUUCUCACUGCUCAGAUCAUGCUCAGGUUAGUCUCUGGGAGCCGUGGCGUUGAAGGGAGCGAUCCGGAAUCAGAGAAGAGGUUCUUUGAUGAUUUCAAGUUGAGGUUCUUCUCGAGCAUGUCGAUGGACGUCUGCGAUUUUUUCCCAGUGUUGAGGUGGAUAGGGUACAAAGGUCUUGAGAAGAGAGUGAUGGAGAUGCAGAGGAUGAGAGAUGAGUAUCUUCAACGACUCAUUGAUGAUGUUCGAAUGAAGAAAUUUGAUUCCACCGGUUCGGUAGUGGAGAAGUUCUUACGCCUUCAAGAAACAGAACCAGAGUUCUACUCAGAUGAUGUCAUCAAAGGAAUCGUCGUGCUUAUGUUCAAUGGCGGAACUGAUACUUCACCGGCGGUAAUGGAAUGGGCAAUGUCGGUUUUACUGAACCAUCCUGAUAAGCUUGAGAAGCUCAGAGAAGAAAUCAGAUCUAAUGUUAAGCAUAAAGGGAUUAUACAAGAAACGGAUCUCUCGAGCUUACCUUAUCUUCGGUGUGUCAUUUAUGAGACGCUCAGGCUAUACCCUGUAGCUCCACUCUUGCUUCCUCACUGCUCAUCAAAGAGAUUCAACUUAGGCAACUACGAGAUUCCGGAAAACACAAUGUUGUUCGUAAAUGCCUGGGCUGUUCAUAGGGACGGUGAGCUUUGGGAAGACGCGGAAGUUUUCAAGCCUGAGAGAUUUGAAGGGUUUGUUGGCGAUAGAGAUGGUUUUAGGUUCUUGCCAUUUGGAGUAGGGAGGAGAGCAUGUCCUGGAGCUGGAUUUGGAACAAGGACGGUGGCGCUUGCUGUUGGAGCAUUGGUUCAGUGUUUUGAGUGGGAGAAGGUUGAUGGAGGAGAUAUAGACAUGAGACCUGUUUUUGGUGUGGCAAUGUCUAAGGCUGACCCUCUUGUCGCAUUGCCUAAGCCAUGGCCUGAUAUGGUUCCUAUCUUGUCUCAGGUCUAGUGUCAUCUGUGUUGGGCAUUAGGGUUGCUUUAGACGGUCGCAUUAUCUAUAUACACAUCGACAAAUAAAGAGAAUGAAUAAUGAUCAUAAUCGCAAAUGGUUACCUUAAUUGUGCAAUCAGUUUCUUCAUAUUUCGUUC